UCGGAAAAAAAAGCGGCCCAAACCAGUAGUCAACUUAAACCGAACUGUUUUGAUAGGUUUGGCCGGUCCGGCCAACCAACCAACCGAUCCGGCCAGUCCGGUUCUAGUUUUUUAAAACCGUACUUAUCAGUUCGGCCCAAAAAUUUCGUCAAAACCGAUCAAUAAGAUCCUAGACGCCCCAAGCUAAUUCUAGUUUUUAUGGCAUAUUGGGUUACUUCACUUUACUUUUGGGCUUAGAGAAAUCCAUCAGUGGGUCAAUGACGUCACAUCUUCGGCAGGUGAUCGAAAUCUCAAAUUACUCAGGUUACAAUCCAGGCCAGCAGCGAUUUCUGUGACUUCGAGAGGCGCUAUCAUCUGCUGGUUCUUCUAAGUUAGCAGGAACUGAAAUAAAGGGUGGGUUGAAUAUGACUACAACAUUCAAAAGCAAGAUGUAAAAGAGUUUACAAUUUAUAUUAAAAGUCAUGUAUAACAUAGUUGGCGAAGGCGCAAAGAGUGAGCCUUGGGCUUCAGUGCAAGAUUUCCAUGUGGUAAACCCUUAGACGUGUGUUCGCUCUUCUACUGUUGGUAACUAAAGAACUUUAUCAAACGAUUGAAGCAAAAACAGACUCAGUUAAACACCGCUGCCAUCAACAACGGUUUCUAAACGCUAAGUUAGGUUUAUUGCUGUUCAUCCUCACAGUCACAUCUCUCUUCGUUUUGUAAAUUAGGCUCUUCAUUUACAUCAGAAGCAUCGACUACAAGCAGCCAUGGAAGCGAGAACCAACCUUGGGAGUUUGUUGAAAAUUUUACCACCAGUAGAUUUUUGCUGCGUAUACGGUUCAAGUAUCCAUCCCAACAAUAAUGACAAGUCAUCCAUGGAAGAUUAUAUUCUCGGCGUAUCAAAUCCUCAGCAAUGGCAUUCCGAGAAUCUGAAAAUGAACCGGGUUCACUAUGCCUCAUGGAUGGCAUCUGUUGGUGGAGCAGAGCUGAUAACUAAAGCUGCAGAUCGAAUUGGUGUUGGUGUACACUUUAAUCCAUUUGUUUCUUGGAACAACAAGAUGUACAAGUACGGGGUUGUUAGUAUCGAUGACUUAGUAGAAGAUAUGUUGAGCUGGAAAAGGUUUUAUCUUAGCGGUCGCUUGCAAAAACCUGUGCGUAUAAUUGUAGAUAAUAAAGAUAUAACAAAUACCAAUUUAAUAAAUUUGAGGGCUGCUUCUUCUGCUGCACUUCUGCUUUUGCCGUCAAAGUUCACUGAGAGAGAGCUCUAUGCGAAAAUAUGUAGCCUCUCAUAUAUGGGCGAUUUGCGCAUGCUUUUUGCAGAGGAUAAAAAUAAGAUAAAAAAGAUAGUAGAGGGGCAGUUUGAAUUAUUCAGAAAUAUGUACAAGCCUCUGGUUGAAGAGUAUGCAGCAAAGCAACUCCUGAGACUCUCCUCAUGUGGCGAUAAUCAAAUGAACAUAUCCCAGGAUUAUAGCUUAUCGGCAACUUCUUCCGUUGUAUCGUCUCUACCCGAGUCUGUGAGAAGCCAAAUGGGAAUGGGGACGGUUGAAACGAAAGCAGGUCAAAUUAGUAAAUUGACAAUUGGAUCGCGGGAAGAGGCUGCAGCGCUCAUGCAAAAGGUUUUGAGGCGUAGAGUUAUGAUUUCAAGCGCAAGACAAGCGGUGGCUGGUUUUAUCGCUGUCGGAGCUGUUCAUGGAGUCAAAUAUCUUGGUAAAAAGAUGAUGAAAGCCUGGAAAUCUUCAUCCAAGUAAGUUGGUUUUUAGCUACAAAUAGAGUUUUUAAAGUUAGGCUUUAGAGGUUUUUUUUUUAAUAUUUUAUUUAACUAGAAAAAACCAAUGUAGAGUUGAUUUCUUUUGAUUUAGUUUUCUAUAUGGAUUAUGUGAAAAGUGUAAUAAUGUAAACUAUUUAAUCAUCUUUUAUACAUUGGUGAAGUAGGAACGGAUUGCCAUUAA